AUGACUGAUGUGUGGGGGGAUAACUUUUCUAAGUUGUUUUUAUUUCCAGGUUUCAAUGUAAUUAGGCUACUGAGCGGAUCAGCUGUAGCUCUGGUAAUAGCCCCUACUGUAUUACUGACAAUGCUUUCUUCUGCUGAACGAGGAUGCCCUAAGGGCUGUAGGUGUGAAGGCAAAAUGGUAUAUUGUGAAUCUCAGAAAUUGCAGGAGAUUCCCUCAAGUAUAUCUGCUGGUUGUUUAGGUUUGUCCCUUCGAUAUAACAGCCUCCAAAAACUAAAAUACAAUCAAUUUAAAGGUCUUAAUCAACUCACCUGGCUCUAUUUAGACCAUAACCACAUCAGCAAUAUUGACGAAAAUGCUUUCAGUGGAAUACGCAGACUAAAAGAGUUGAUCUUGAGUUCCAACAGAAUCUCCUAUUUUCUUAAUAAUACCUUCAGACCUGUGACAAAUCUCCGGAAUUUGGAUCUGUCAUACAAUCAGCUGCAGUCUCUGGGAUCUGAACAGUUCAGGGGCUUAAGGAAGCUGCUGAGUUUACAUUUGCGGUCCAAUUCCCUAAGAACCAUCCCUGUUCGAAUAUUUCAAGACUGUAGGAACCUUGAACUGUUGGACCUGGGUUAUAAUCGCAUCCGAAGUUUAGCAAGGAAUGUCUUUGCAGGCAUGAUCAGACUGAAAGAGCUUCAUCUGGAGCACAAUCAAUUUUCUAAGCUCAACCUGGCACUUUUUCCAAGGCUAGUCAGCCUUCAAAACCUUUAUUUACAGUGGAAUAAAAUCAGUGUGAUAGGACAAACUAUGUCCUGGACCUGGAGCUCAUUACAAAGACUUGAUUUAUCUGGCAAUGAAAUAGAAGCUUUCAGUGGACCUAGUGUUUUUCAGUGUGUGCCCAAUUUACAGCGCCUCAACCUGGAUUCAAACAAGCUCACAUUUAUUGGUCAAGAAAUUUUGGAUUCUUGGAUAUCCCUCAAUGACAUCAGCCUGGCCGGGAAUAUAUGGGAAUGCAGCAGAAACAUUUGCUCUCUGGUAAACUGGCUUAAAAGUUUUAAAGGGCUGAGGGAAAAUACAAUUAUUUGUGCCAGCCCCAAAGAGCUGCAAGGGGUGAAUGUCAUUGAUGCAGUGAAAAACUACAGCAUCUGUGGCAAAAUUACCACGGAAAGGUUUGAAUUAGCACGAGCCCUCCCAAAGCCAACGUUUAAACCAAAACUCACCAGGCCUAAACAUGACAGCAAGCCCCCUCUGCCCCCAACUAUUGGAGCCACUGAAUCAAGCUCUGAACCUGAGCACGACACAGAACACAUCUCCUUCCAUAAAAUCAUAGCAGGCAGCGUGGCCCUUUUCUUGUCUGUGCUUGUGAUCCUGCUGGUAAUCUAUGUGUCAUGGAAGCGUUACCCAGCCAGUAUGAAGCAGCUGCAGCAGCGCUCUCUCAUGCGAAGGCACAGGAAAAAGAAAAGACAGUCACUGAAGCAAAUGACUCCAAGCACACAGGAAUUUUAUGUAGAUUACAAACCUACCAACACUGAAACCAGUGAGAUGCUGCUGAAUGGAACAGGACCCUGCACGUAUAACAAAUCAGGCUCCAGGGAAUGUGAGAUACCAUUGUCUAUGAAUGUGUCAACAUUUCUUGCCUAUGAUCAGCCCACGAUAAGUUACUGUGGAGUACAUCAUGAACUGCUUGCUCACAAGCCCUAUGACUCGAAUAACCAGGAAGAAACAGUGGAAACACACCUAGAAACUGAUCUGGAUCUGAGCACAAUAACAACAACAGCACGAAUCAAGGAACACAGUCAGCAGCUGGCUUAA